CAUGCUCGCAAGGUGGCCAUAGCCUCUCGAGCAAUGUCAACAACCUCUCACCUCAGCAGCAGGGCCAACAGCAGGCCGACAGGCAGAUCAAACGGCAGGUCACGCUCCAAGACAGCAGCACCGACCUCUGCUGCCGACGAUGAAACCAUUUGUGCCAUUGCUGAAUCUCGUGGAAUAUCUCCUACUGUUGGCCUUUCAUUUGUCAAUUUUUCUACCUCGGAGGUAGUUGUUUGCCAGUUCCCCGAUACCCCAACAUAUGCGCGAACCUGUCAUAAAAUCAAAGUCUUUUCUCCUUGCGAAAUUCUUUACAUGUCCAAUGCUGCAGAUUCGAAGCUUGUUUCGAUUGUGUCUGAAAAUCUUGAAGUCGAUGACUAUGGUAUUUUGAUGACAGACAUUGACCGGAAGUAUUGGUCGGAGAGCAGUGGACAUGACUACGUUCAAUAUCUUGCUUUCCCAGAUGAUCUUGAAUCUUUAAAGCUGGCACUCAGAGGGAACUACUUAGCAACAUGCUGCUUUUCAGCAGUUAUGAAAUAUAUUGAGCUGGGCCUGGGAAAGACAUUUGCUGCACAGACAUUGAGGAUCCGAUUUGAGCCCUCAGAAGGUUCUAUGAUGAUCGACCUUUCUACAAUUGCGUCUCUUGAAUUGAUCCAAAAUCUGCAGAACGCGAAGUCUCGAGAGUGUCUCCUCGGUUUGUUGAAUGAAACCUUGACACCAAUGGGUGCUCGUUUUCUCCGAAACAAUGUCCUCCAACCAUCUACAGAUGUGGACAAGAUCCAAAAGAGACAGGAUGCCCUCGAAGAAUUGACAACAAAGGAGUACAUGCUGUCUGCUAUCCGAGCUGGUACAACCACCUUCCGAGAGGAAGAAUUUUCUGACUGGCAGUAG